UUGUGUUUUGCUAUCGAUAGACGUGAUGUGUGUAAAUUAUUUUUAUACCUUUUUCUUUUUAACGUAAAAAGACAAAGGAUUAAUAAUAGCAUUUAACUAACAAUUGAUUAUUUUAAUAAGAGCUCUUUGAUACUUUCCUAGAUUUGUCUUGUGUACUGAGUAAAGAAUCUUAAAAAUGUCUGUGGCUUUUGCACCUCGCGGAAACCGGCCUCCGUUAAGUCCUGCUCAAAUCCAGAAAAUGUUGGAUGAAAACGCUCAUUUAAUACAAACUAUUCAAGAAUAUCAAUCGAAAGGACAACUAGUUGAAUGCCACCAAUAUCAGCAAGUACUGCACAGGAAUCUGGUUUACUUGGCAUCUGUGGCUGACGCUAAUCAGAAUAUUCAAGCUAUUUUACCGCCACCACAUCAACUAGCAAGUGGUAAUGUGCCUCAGGGUGCCCUCAAUCCUCCAGCAACUGGUGCGGAAGUCCCUGGGUCACCGCAACAACCAUAUCGUCCACCAUCAGGAGUUUCAACUGCACCAACUAGACCAACACAAUCAUAUGGUCAAAGACCAUACCCACAAAACCAGUAUCAAGGUCAAUAUCAAGGAGCAUAUCCACCUCAGGGAGGUUAUGGUCCUCCAGGGCAGGGAUAUGGCCCUCCUAACCCAUCCCAGCAACCCCAAGGAUAUCCACCUAACUCUAACUAUGGGCCUCCAAUCACCACUGCUCCAAAUAACUACCCUCCUUCUACACAUCCUGGCCCUGGUUAUCCGCCAUCAUCAGGGCAACAACCAUAUGCACCUCCUCCUGGAAGUCCCGCUUCAGCAGGUUCCCCCUAUCCAGUGAGAGGUCCAUCUCAGCCAGGAUAUACAGGAAAUUCUGCAUAUCCACCUCCCCAAACAGGUGCCAACUAUCCAAAUGUUGGUGUUAGCACAUAUAACACAACAACUUCACAACCACAGCCAUAUCAAACUCAAUCUUUUCAAAAUACAACACCCACUUCUGCUUAUGGUUCAACACCUGUUUCCCAACCUAAUAGAUCACCACAACCUCCACCAAGUGGAUAUACUUCACAAAACCCCCCAAGUACAGGAUAUGGGUCUCCAUCUGCCCAAUCUCCAACUUUCAAUUCUAGUACUCAUGGAAAUAAUGGGCCACCAUCCACUGUUGCAUCUGGUGGGCCACCUCAAAGUGGUCCUCCACAACAAUAUCCUCCAUCCGGACAACCUUCUCCAUAUCCACCUGCGAGCCAGCCGCCAUAUUCAAAUCCAUCCUCGCAACCUGGUAGUCCUGCCCCAUCAGUGUCAACUGCUCCUCCUCCCCAGUCCUCAUAUCCCCAAAACCCACAAAAUUACCCUCCAGCUGGUGGGGCUUAUCCUCCGCAUGCCUAUCAACAGGGAUAUCCACCUAGCCAAUAUCCACCAUCCCCCUACCCAUAUGCUAGAGCUCCAGCUCCUGGAGCACCCCCGCCGGCUGGUGCUCAGCCAUAUCCAGGAUACAGUUUCCAACCUCCUAAUCAACAGUAACUGUCAUAAUGUGUUCAUGGAUUACUUUGUAGUGUGUAAUUUUCAAUAUAAAUGACAAGUCACUAUUAAAGUGAUGUUAAAUAAAUGCUGAUUAAUCUUGUAAACCAUAUUUUUAUGGCUAUCAUGUUUAAGGAAACUCAAAUAUUUUUAUAUUAUUUAUGUAGGAUAAUUUAAUGUACUGUGCUUUUAAUUUUAAUGAUAAAAUUCAAUACUUAUUAGUAAUAUUCAUCAUGUUAGCUUAUAUUGUACUAGAUAAGUUACAAGUAGUU